AGAAUUCCUUCCUUCUCCAGGUUCGCUCUACAAUCUUGAACAAAUCAGCGCCCAUAAAUCCACGACAACCAAAACAUCUCAUUCUCAAACAUUCUCGCACGAACAAAAAACGCACGUAAGUAUAUACGUAUUAUAUGCAUUGAAUCGUAACACCUACAUAGCUUGCUAUUGCAUCGAUCAAUAUACUAUUUUGCCAGAGCACAUACUUCAGAGAUGGGAAAUUGUACCUCAUAUGGGAGGAGGGGGUCCAUGAGGACGGCCAAACUGAUUCUGCUAGAUGGUAAACUCGAAGAAUUCUCCUGUCCUAUGAAGGUCUCGAAUUUGCCAAAGAGAAAUCUUGAUUUCUUCAUAUGCAACGCUGACGAAAUGGAAUUUGAUGGCCUAGUUUCAGCUGUAAACGGGGAUGAGGAGCUGCAGCCGGGCCAGCUUUACUUUGAGCUGCCCUUGAUAUUUCUGACGCACCGGCUUCAAGCCGAGGAUAUGGCUUCUCUGGCUGUUAAAGCGAGCGUAGCUCUGAGUAUGAGAAGCGAACAGCAAAUGGACAAGUAUUGUUAUAGACCUAGAAGGGUUGCUGUUGAGGAUCCGCUAGCGUUCUUCCAUGAAGAAAAUGUGAAGGUGAGGUCAACAACGACUCCCCAGGCUGAUUACUGCGAUUUGAGGUUGGUAAAGAGGGGAGGACCACCGGCUGUAGACGGAGGAGCAGGCAAAUCGAAAGUGAGCAAGUUUGCUGCAACGUUGAGUGUGAUACUUGAAGCGGAAGAGUAAUAAGGACUCCCAGGACUCUGAAAAAACACUGGAGAGAUCAGCUGGUUCCGGCAUUUGGUCUCUUGUUAAUCUGUUAUGCCCAUUUUCUCUAGCAGCUGCUAGUUAUCUGUUUGUGCUAGUCCUUCUUCUCAAAGUAGUUUUGAAGCUCUGUUCUUUGAAAAAGGUCAGGCUUCACGCGCAUCUUCAUGAAAGCUAAUCUUGUGAAUUGCAUAUGGAAUUCAAUUUGCAUUUGUACUU